UCAAUUGUUUAUUUGUUUGGCUCGUUAAUAUAAACCACGGUCGUAAACACAAAAAUAUUGAACGGUUGUAAAUCCAAACUGUUAUCUUAAAGUCGUGAAUAAACAUUUCCAUUACAACUCUACUUUUUCUACAAGAUGAUGCGAGCAUACUCAAUUGCACGACAUGAAAGACGCUCUCAUAAGCGGAACUCUGUUAUCAUACCAGACAAUGUAAAGAUCUUGAGCGAUGUAUCAGAGGGUGGACAGGAGACCUCAACCUCCGCGGAUCACUUAAUUGAGUCCAUUGCCUCGUGCGAAGGUACCGAAGACGUGAAUCAUGAUGCAUCUAUGGAGGUAUUGGAGGAACUUCAACCAGAGGUUUUAGAGUCUUCAAAUCGUCCUAGUGAACCUUGUCACAUAGAUGAUGUUAUCAGUGAAGAACCUUCUGAGAUCGUACAAGAAAAGUCAGAGGAAGUUCAAAUCCAAGAAGAUACACAUGUUGAGGAGUGCUGUAUGCAGCCAAAUGUGGAGGAAACUGGGGACAAUGAAGUGACCCAUGAUACAGCAGGUGACACCCAUGAAUGCGUAGAAGAGCCAGUCUGUGAUGCGUCUUAUCAAGAAAUAACUGAAGUCGAAGAGGAUGCCACUCCCAGUGAUACCGUCUUGUGCAUGGAUGAAGAACCAGUAGCGGAAGUGCUGAAUGAAGAACCAGACAUGCACGUAGAUGAGAUACAGACCGCCGACGAACUUACAGGAGAUGCAGUGGUGGGUGAGAACAAGUCAAGAGAAGAAGUGGCCAUCGAGUCAAGAGUCUGCAUGGAUGAAAGACUUGAUGAGGACAUCAGCAAGGAUGAGACAGAUGAAACUAAACUGGAUGCUUCAGAAAACGAUGAACAAGUUAUUCAGAACGUGGAGUGUCCUGAAACGCAAGAGAUUGAAGUGGCAGACCUUUCCGUGUUGACCACUAAAAAAGAAGGAGAGAAGAAAUCGGUAUCGAUGGCGAGCGAAGACGACUCCCAACGGGAAACACCCAGCCCUAGCUUCCGCAAAGAUCGAAAACGUAGGAUGUCGAUUCGAAGACUUUCUGACGCUUUUGUCCGAUCCAAGUUCCCUGGCCCCGUAGAAAGUCCUGCUCAAGAGGUAAAAUACGCAAUUCGUAACGUAAUCUAAAUUCAUUUCGCCCUAACUGUUGUCUCCGUAGACUCCUUCCGAAACAUCUGAAAACACUCAACAGCAGGAGAAACGACGAUUGAUGGGCAUUUUCGAUAACUCACAAGGAGCCAGAAAGCUGCUACGCAAAAAAAGUAGUCUCUUGCUCACCAAAAUCAAGUCAUCUUUCAAUGCUGCAAAAAAGUCCACUCAACCUGUAUUUUGAUACCCAAUAUUUUGAUACCCGUUCC